UUCAGCCAUCAUCAUGGUAGCAUUCACCUCAGUUCAACUCCUCGUGGGUACCGCCCUCUCCAGCCUAGUUCUUGCAGGAUUGGGUGAGGCUGCCAACCUGAGAGCCAAUAAGUGCAUCUACAACGGGAAGAAGUACUGGGGAGGGCAGACCAUAGAGACGCUUUCAUCCAACUGUGCUGAAGUCAAGUGUAAAUGGUCAGCCAGUGGUACUCCAAGUGUCCAGUUGCUUCCUAUCGACGGUUGUUCGACAACCUGCACUUCGGGUAGAGAUGCUCUCCCCGACUCUUAUGUGGACAGCGGUUAUCACCUCCUGGGCUACCUUCGAGCCACCAAUAAAUGUACCUUCAACGGUAAAAAGUACUGGGGAGGCGCUAAGUUGGCGGACCUGGCGAGUAACUGCGUUAAGUUGGUAUGUGUAAAGGUGGCUGGUGCCCAGAACUACAUAGAAGCCAAGCAAAUAGCCGGCUGCACGUGUGUGACUACGACCACCACAGUUACCACCACCACGCCUGCCACUACCGUUGCUGAAACAACUGCUACCACCACAGCUGCCACCACUACUGCCACCACAGCUGCCACCACUGCUGCCACCACAGCUGCCACCACUGCUCUGCCACCACACAGCUGCCACACCACUGCUGCUGCCACCACAGCUGCCACUACUGCUGCACCACAGUUGCCACCACUGCCACCUGCCACAGCUGCCACCACUGCUGCCACCAGCUGCACCACCGAUGCUGCCACCACUGCUGCCACCACAGCUGCCACUACAGCUGUCACUACUGCUGCUGACACAGCUUCCACCACCACAGCUGCCACUACUGUUGCUGACACAGCUUCCACCACUACAGCUGUCACUACUGCUGCUGACACAGCUUCUACCACCACAGCUACCGCCGCCACAGCUACCACCGCCACAGCUGCUAGUGACACUACCACGGAACCACAGUGUGAGGAAGAAACCACCACGCCACCCCCUACUACCAACACGGAGGAGAACUGUGAAGAUGAGACCACCACCCCGGCUACAACAGUGUCCACCCCAGAGCCCACCGAGGCCUGCGUCACGGGGUAA